AUGUCUAUCUCGGCACCGGAGCCAUGGCAAGAAAAGGCCACUAUCAAGCGAGCUCAAGUCGACGCGAGAAUCCCGAAAGCCUUCAUACUGCGUGAAGAAUUUCUCAUAGGAACAGAGUCCAGCCCAGAAAGUGUCCUGGACAUUCCUGCCAAGUGUGGCAUUUUAUCGCCGGAAGAAAUUGCCAUCACCGAAAACUACACUGCCAUUUCCUUAGCUGUUGCUCUCGCGACUGGCAAGCUGUCGGCGCUCGAUGUUGCUACUGCUUUUUGCAAGCGAGCGGCUAUCGCACAGCAACUGACGAGCUGUCUUACUGAGAUCAUGUUCGAUCAGGCCUUGGAGAGAGCAAGAUUCUUGGACGAGUAUAUGGAGAACGAGGGGCACCCUAUAGGACCUUUUCAUGGACUGCCAAUCAGUAUCAAGGACUCUUUCAACGUUGCCGGUGUACAGAGUACUCUUGGCUAUGUUUCCUUCAUUGAUCACGCUCCAGCAGACAAAAACUCUCCUUUGGUAGAUAUACUUCUGAGCCUUGGUGCCGUCUUACAUGUCAAGACAAACAUUCCCCAAACACUCAUGGUGACAAUUCGGACGGCUGAUUCCGACAACCAUAUUUUCGGGAGAGUUCUCAAUCCUCACAGGCUUUGUCUCAGUGCCGGUGGUUCUUCUGGAGGAGAAGGCGCCUGCGUCUCCAUGCGAGGUAGCAUCCUCGGCAUCGGCACCGACAUAGGCGGCUCCAUUCGUAUACCGGCACUUUGCAAUGGCAUCUACGGCUUCAAGCCAUCUUCAGACCGUAUUCCGUACAGUGGUCAGACGUCUGCUGGCAGGUUGGGAUCUCCCGGCUUUCCCGCAGCCGCUGGUCCUUUGGCCAAUUCUUUGGUAGACCUGGAGCUGCUCAUGAAAUCUGUCAUCGACGCCAGACCUUGGGAUCUAGAUGCGCAAGCACUGGCUGUUCCUUGGAACACUACUGGUGUAGAGAAGAACAGCAAACUCCGCGUUGGUCUGCUCAAGGAAGACUCGAAAUGGCCAGCAUGGCCGCCUGUACGACGUGCCCUUGAUUCCGCUGCCCGUAAGUUGGCAGAUGCCGGACAUGAGGUGAUCGAGCUUGAUUCUAAAAAUCCUAGUCUGGACGAGGGCCUCAUCAUCGCUUACGAGAGUUAUGCUCUGGAUCCUACACAACAAGCAGGUCAAUUCAUAGCUGUCUCUGGAGAACCUAUGACUGAAAGUCUCAAACGUACCCUGGUGGGUAGCCAAGCCCUUCUAAUGCGAGGAGGAAACGCACCUGGCUCAGAUGUAUUUGAUCUGAAUGUCCGUAAACGAGAUUAUCAAAGAAGAUGGAAUGAAGUAUUCGUGAAUCUGAACAUCGACGUGGUAUUGUGUCUCGGGGCGCAGACGACAGCGCCUCCGCACGACACGUUUGGCAUGGUUCCUUACACAGCCGCUUGGAAUGCUCUUGAGUUUCCGGCUGUUAUUGUGCCAUUCAUGAAGGCAGAUGAGACAAUUGACACGGAAGACCUGGCGACUCAAGAUCCAGAACAUCCUUAUUCGGCUGAAAAAGUUCAUGGUGCGCCUCUAGCUGUCCAGAUUGUUGCCAGGCGAUACCAUGACGAAAAACUCCUGGAGGCUUCUCAGGCAAUUGAUGCUUGUUUUAGAGCUUGA